AUGUCUACCGCCUCCCGCGCAGACCGCCACCGUUCCUCCGCCGACCUGUACUCCUCCAUCCCCACAUCCGACGCCUCGUACCCUCCCAUCCGCACCAUCACCCCGCGCUCACCCGAGUUCGUCAACCCCUCUUCCUCAGCUUACGCCGCCUUGCCCCCUUCUGUCCCCCACCGCCCGGAAUACCACGAGCGGAGCGAGUCGAUGCAGACUUACUCGAGCGCUUACUCGACGCCUGAUCCGACGUCGAGGUAUUCCGUCUCUGGUGCUGGUGCAGGGGCGGAGCGACUCAGAGGAGGAGGAGGAGGAGGGACGUACGAUGACGGAGGACGCUACUCGCCUUCGGUCGAGACGGCGGGAGUCUACGACUCCUCGGCCAACUUGAACCAGAUGGCGUACCGGAAUGCGGGUGGCGGGACGGGGAUGACGAGUCGGAGCGAGAGUUACAUGAAGGAGUAUGGCGGGGAGGGGAGCUACGACGGUGCUGCCGGCGGCGGGUCGGGGAUGUUGAAGAAGCGCUACGGCGCUGCCGGGGCAGGCGCAGGAAAAGGCUGGUGGAGUCGCAAGUCGACCUCCUCAAAGCGCUGGUUCAUCUGCGCACUCGUCACACUCGUCAUCCUCAUCUGCGCCGCAGUCGCCGUCCCUCUCGGCGUCAUCAAAGGCCGCGAGAACAAACUUGCGGCCGAGACAAAGGCCAACGACAACACCAACCCCAAGAUCCCGACUGGGUCGCAUCCGGUCGACUGGAAGACGGCGGCGUAUGGAGGGAACGGGAGCAUGGUUUACCUCGACGAUGGGUCGAGCUUCAUGUACAACAACUCGUUCGGAGGAUGGUGGGUCUCGAUCCCGUUCAACGACACGGCCAGGGCGCAGCGCGACGUUCCCCCGCUCGACGAAGAGUGGGACUACGAGAAGAACUUGAUCAUGGGCGUCAACAUCGGAGGAUGGCUCGUCCUCGAACCCUUCAUCGUCCCCGGCAUGUUUGAGCCUUUCAACGCCGACAACAACUCUCCGAACGCGACCAACAACGCCAUCGACGAGUGGACGCUUUCGGUCGCCCUCGGGUCGAACUUGACUGCUGCCUUGACGGAGCAUUACGAGACUUUCAUCACCGAGAAGGACUUUGCUCAGAUCGCCGGCGCUGGGCUCAACUGGGUGCGCAUCCCGAUCGGCUGGUGGGCGAUCGAGACGUGGGCCGGCGAGCCAUUCCUCCAAGGCGUCGCGUGGACCUACUUCCUCAAAGCGAUCGGCUGGGCGCGCAAGUACGGUCUCCGCAUCAAUCUCGACUUGCACGCCGUUCCCGGCUCGCAGAACGGGUACAACCAUUCCGGCCGACAGGGCAGCAUCAAUUUCCUCAAUGGCGUGAUGGGAAUCGCCAACGCCCAGCGCACGCUCGACUAUAUCCGCACUUUGACCGAGUUCAUCAGCCAGCCCGAGUACAAGAACGUCGUGACUAUGUUCUCGGUACUCAACGAGCCGUACGCGACGACGAUCGGCGUCGACAACCUUCGCUCAUUCUACAUCGAGACGUACAACCAGAUGCGCUCGAUCGGCGGUACCGGCGCCGGCAACGGCCCCUUCAUCACCUUCCACGACGGUUUCGUCACGAUGUCGACCAACGUCUCGGCGGGCGGAUGGAACGGCUUCCUCAACGGCUGGGAUCGCGUCGCGCUCGACUCGCACCGGUACUUGUGCUUCUCGGAGCCGAACAACUGGGGAUUGAGCUACCAGGCGUCGCUGCCCUGCAAUUACUGGGCGGAGAACAUGAACAUCUCGACCAACACGUUCGGCGUCACGAUGGGCGGCGAGUGGUCUCUCGCCAUCAACGACUGCGGCAAGUGGAUCAACAACGUCGGAAACGGGUACCGUUACGACGGGACGUACUACGUUCCUGGUAACACGACUGCGCCGGCGUUCAAGAGCGUCGGGAGCUGCGACCCUUGGAACGACUGGACGACUUGGUCGGCCGACACCAAGAACGGUCUCCGCCUUGUCGCCGAGGCGCACAUGGACGCUCUCAGGCACUGGUUCUUCUGGACCUGGAAGACGGGCGUCUCGAAGGACCUCGGCAUGAUCGCCAACCCGAUGUGGAACUACCAGCUCGGACUUGAGCAGGGCUGGGUCCCGACGAACCCGCGCACCGCGAUCGGCGCCUGCCCGUCGCUCGUCUCGUCGAACGGCUUCACCAUGCCGUACACGACUGCGCCCGCCCCGACCCUCGCGCCCUGGAUGACCGGCGGCUCCGGCGCCGGCAAGAUCUCGGACCAGGCGAUGCUCACGUCGUACUCGGUUUGGCCGCCCUCGUCGAUCGGCGCGGCUGCUUCGACUGGCCCGUACAUCACGCCCGUCUCGAACCUCCCGACCUACACUCAGACGGCCAGCAUCGUCACGCUCUCGGCUCCUCCUCAGCCCACGUCUUGGCCCGCCGGCUACUCCAGCAGCGUCAACGUCGGCAACGGUUGGGCGCAGGCCUCGGACCAGGCCAGCUUCUACACCGCCGUCUCGGGCUGCAGUUACCCGAACCCGUGGUCCGGCGCUGCCGUCGCCGCGCCUUCGACGCCCUUCUGCCAGAGCCCCGCUCAGCCGGCUGCGACGGCGUCGUCUGCGUCGUCGGCCAACACCGCCGCAGCUGCCGCUUCCUCCGCAUCUUCGGACGCGGCCGCCGCAUCGCUCGGCGCUCUGGACCCGUCAGCGCGCAUGAAGCGUCGCCUCAAGCCGACACCUUCGCCGACGAUCGCUUUCCAACCGACUCCCCCUCCACAGCCCGCCACGACUUUCGGCCGUCACUGA